AAUACAUAACUUCAAUCCGUUGAAAAAGUGUUUUCUUUAAAGGUUAUUCAUUUUUAGUAACUACGACGUCUUUCUGUUGGGUGAUAGGGGUUAUUAAUUAAUAAAUUACUAUUUGCAAAACUUUUAUCCCCAAAUGCAUUAAAUUUUGUAAACCAUUUUUAAAUAUCAACUAUCCUGUUUUGUAGUUUUUUAAACAAAAAGUUUAGCAUCAAAAGUUUUUUAUAGCAUAUUAUGACGUUCAACAAAAGUUUACCCUUAGUAAAUCUGUGAUGUUCACAGUUAAAUGUUCAUUGUUGAUUCUGUAGUUGUGUACUUGAUUUUACGAAUAUUUAAUAGUGAAAGAUAGAUUUUAAUAAUUUUAUUGUGUUAAUUAUAAUCCAAAGUACUGUUUAUUUUAAAAAAGCUUCAUAAAUUUAUAUUGUUACGUGACAAAAUAUUUGGUUUUCUGAUAUAUUAGGUUUCUUACCAUUUGUGCCUUUCAUCAUUUCAUUAAGAAAAAACGCGCGCGUUUUUAUAUAUUUUUAAAUUUCCAUCGGUGUCUCUGUGCGCUUAAUAAUAUUAAAACUUGCUUUUCUAUUACAUUUGACUUCUUAAAAUUUAAACGUUGUUGUGGUAAAGAUUGUAUUAUGAGUGACGACGAUGUAACUAUAAUGGAGGUGGACGAAGUUGAACCUGCAACUUCAAAGUCUGCUGUAACAGUGUCGUUGAAAACCGCACAGUUGCCAUGGAUAGAAAAGUAUCGUCCCCAGAAAUUUUCAGACAUUGUUGGGAAUGAAGAUACCGUGUCACGGCUGGCUGUGUUUGCAAAGGCGGGCAACGCUCCUAACAUUAUUAUAGCCGGUCCACCAGGUGUAGGCAAAACUACGACUAUUCUAUGUUUGGCACGAGCUCUGCUCGGACUGGCUUUCAAAGACGCCGUGCUCGAGCUUAAUGCAUCAAACGACCGUGGGAUUGAUGUAGUUAGAAAUAAAAUAAAGAUGUUUGCACAACAAAAGGUGACACUCCCCCCUGGACGACACAAGAUAGUGAUACUCGAUGAGGCGGAUAGCAUGACUGAUGGAGCACAGCAGGCUCUUCGACGGACAAUGGAGCUUUACUCGAGCACCACACGGUUUGCUCUCGCUGCUAACAACAGUGAGAAAAUUAUUGAACCUAUACAAUCCCGUUGUGCUGUGCUGCGUUACUCUAGGCUCAACGACUCACAGAUAUUGGCAAAGGUGGUAGAGGUGUGCGGGAAGGAAGGUCUGUCGUACACCGAGGAAGGGUUGUCGGCCGUGGUGUUCACGGCGCAGGGAGACCUGAGAGCCGCACUCAACAACUUGCAGUCCACGGCGCAAGGCUUCGGACACGUCAGCCCCGAUCACGUGUUCAAGGUUUGCGACGAGCCGCACCCGAUGCUCAUCCGCAAUAUGCUCGAAUCUUGCCUCAAGCGGGACAUACACGAGGCCUACAAGGUAAUAGCGAAGCUGGUGAAACUGGGCUACGCCGCGGAAGACAUCGUCGGUAACAUUUUCAGAGUAGCCAAGACGUUGGACGCGCCCGACGACGCCAAGCUGACGCUGAUCCGCGAGAUAGGGCUGACGCACAUGCGCGUGGCCGACGGCCUCGCUUCGCCGCUGCAGCUGGCCGCCCUGCUCGCGCGCAUGUGCCAUGGCUCGGUAACUUCUAAAGGAUAGAUAAGGCAGACCCACCGCAAAAGAGUAAAGAAUAGAACAU